UCGAUUGCCAUAUUUUAACAAUUUGAACUUUCCUUUCUGGCUUUUGAGCUCUAAGUACAUUCUCAAAUGUAACUAUAGGAAGUACAUGUCACUAUGCAUUAAUUAGUCUAUUGAACAUAUUGUAGAAAAUUGAUUUUGUUACAUGGUAAAAAAAAUGAGAAAAUAUAGUCAGCUGUAGCAGCCCGUGUUGAUAACGUGUGCAGUUUACCUUAGAUACAGACAUUUAUGUAGGGGCUGCAUAGAUAAGUGCACCAAGGCAUAUAAAUGACCUGAGAUCUUUACAAAAGAGCUGGGAAAGUCAAACUAGAGAAAGGAGUUUGUUCUGAUUGUGUAAUUUAUAUACAUGGCAUAAAACUGUUAGCAAUGGCAGACAAGCACAGCCUGAACUAUGAUGUGAGAGAGCUGAAACUAGGAGCCAGCUUUACUAAUAACAAGUCUUCGCAGUACCACACCAUUAAAUAUGACUUCAAACCUGCUUCUGUGGAUGUUAACAAAAUGGCUACAGUGGAUGUAGGCAUCAAUAACCAAGUGACUGUGACCGUGCCACAUUUGGAUGGUGCUGGAGUUCCACAAACUGUAUUCAAAGGCAGCCAAAGACCAUACACGAAGGAAUGCGUGCUCAUCAUAGACAGAGUCACCGGGGAGAUAACCCUGGAGAAGCUCUCCAGCAAUAUACAGGUUAAGAAGACAAGACAAGAGUCGGCGCAGAAGCCGCGACCGCUGACACCGGUGACCAGCGAGCUCACCAACACCACGCAGCGCUCCACGAGCCGCACGCGCGUCGCCACCAACCGCCGCACACACAACACGGCGGCGCCGGCGCCGGGCAGCCAGGCGGCUCGCUACGGCGGCGCGCAGAAAACACCGCCCAACAUGCUUCGCUCGCCGCAGCGCUUCAAGACCUCCCCCCCGCAGGCCGCGCCGUGGUCGGGCGGCGGCAACAGCACGCUAGCCUCGCUGCCUAUGAUCGGGCUCGACGAGCUGGCGGGCCCCGCGCCGGCGCCGGCGCCCGCGCCCGCGCCCGCCCCGGCGCCGCAGCUGAACGGCUACGCGGCGCACAACGGCCACCCGCGCCACCACGCCGAGCCCCGCCCCGAGCCGCGCGAGCCCCGCCCGGAGCCCCGCGAGCCCCGCCCGGAGCCCCGCGAGCCCCGAGCGGAGCCCCGCGAGCCCCGCCCCGACCACCGCGCGCCCGAACACAGGCCGCCCAACCCGCAGAUCAAUGUCCAGCCGCCCGCGGACGACAGCUCGUCGUCGUCGUCGAGCGACAGCGACUCGGACAGCGGCAGCGACAGCGACGACGACUCCGCGCCGCCGCCGGCCGCCAACGCAGGUCCAGGCCCCACGCUGCCCAGCGAGCUGCUCAACGACGAUCUCUGCCUCUCGGAGUCCGGCAGCGACUCCGACUGACCUCACGGAAACCCUCUUCCUUUCACAUUCGCUACGGACACGCCGAGGCGGCAAGCGUGAUGUUUGCCGCGUAACUUAUCUUAAGCCCCCACUUCACUACGCCUUAUAUGCCCGAGUUUGUUGUUGCAUCUCUUUCCUUACUGUAAAAAACAUAAGAGAUGCAGAGCCGUAUUUGCGUACAUAAGGCGAAGUAAAUUGCCAGCAUUAGGCUUGAGGUAAAUGGCAAGUGUCAAGUGUGUUGUUGACUGUUCUGAUUUUCACAUAAGGUUAAAUUCACCUAACUUGUAAGCAAGGUUUUCUGAUCUGUACCUCGGCCUAGGUAUCAGUAAUAGUUUGUGAGAGACCACUGAAAAUAAACUCCUAUUUAAGAGUCAUAAGAAGUCACCGGGAAAAAGCCGCUCUCAAACGAUCGAAGUUACGUUACAGCGGCUAUUAGGUUCUUAUGACUCAAUUUAUUCUUUAUAAGUUCGAAAGCACCGAAUUAGUCAUUUUUGAUGCGGUGGGAUUGUUAUGUUAAUUGAAUGGUUUUGCCGUAUUUAUUGUAUUUCUUGCGGAAAAUGAAUUGAUAUACUUAUUGACGUUUUCGUCCUAAAGUUUUGCAUUUUAAUGAUGACGGUUGUGUGAGGUUCUGAAUAUAAAUGUCCCGUGUAUCACUUUUUUUAUUGAAAUAAUUCAGUGGAUUCGUUCAUUGUUAGGGUUCCUAACCAUACAUUAUCAUUAUCAGUUUGAUGCCUUGACGCUUGCCAUGAUUUCGUCACUUGGCUGCAUUUGCCAUAUACGCGGUUAUCAUUAUCACAUUGAUGUGAAUUCGCACGUCGCUCCGGUGUAUGAGCGUGACAGCGCUAUGCGCGUAUAUAGCAAUGUCUCGCUCACACACCGUAUUGCAUCUCUAUUGCGCGUGAUAUUUGGCUGAUGUACUGCUAAGUGAAGUGCCACUCUUAAAUAGUAAGUAACGGUACAUAAUCUGAAUAAGUUGAUUAAUAUUAGUCAUUUUAGCAAAUCACAACUAAUAUCAGUUAUGUAUUCGUGACAUAACAUAAAAAAUGUGCCUCAAGUUUAUACAGAUACUUAUAUUUUAUGCCAAUAUUGUAAUACAUUUAUAUAGAAUACGCCAAGAUUGUUUAUACUUUAUAGUAAUAAUGUUAUAUCAUAACAUUACGUUUUAUUUAUAAUAUUAUUUUUAAUGAAAUUGCAAUAAUAUAUUUUGUGUACAGCUAGAUGAAGGAAUAUUGGAGGUAUUACGUAAUACAAAUCGAUUUUAUUAUUAUUUAAAAGUGAAUUUGAACAUUCAUUGGGGUCCAUGGCAGAAUUCGAUCUCACUACUAACCGGGUUAUUUGGAAUAUGCCACAAGGUAGAGCGUUUUCACAAAAUAGCAUUUUGCAGCAUGCAAACCAGCAUUUUGAACAGUUCCUCUUGAGUUGUCAUGGCCUGUUAAAAUAUUAGUCUAUAAUUUAUUCAUGGCACAGUCCAGAGAUGAACAAAGCUGAGCAUAUACAUAAUACAAGCCUGUAUUCAUCUGGAAAAUGUAUAGUUUUAUUUGAUAUCAACAACAAUAGGACGUCUCUCAUACGUGUGGUUCUUACGUGUUCAAACAGUACCAUCACUAAACGAAAUUCAUACUAAAAUUACCUACCUGUUUAUUAUCUAUUUAUUUCCUAUUCACGCUGAUCCCAAGGCAAUGCAAUAUUAUUGCAAUCAAAAAGUUAUUGAAUGCAGGAGAGGUGUAGUCUAAGAAUAAAUGGCGCCCUGAAAUUUGUUAGCUGAAUUAGAUGGCGCUGUAUGGCAUUGUCAAACGCCAAACUUUCAAAAUUCAAAGAAAUUAUGACUAUUAGACUUAAUCACAGCACACGUUAACUACACCGCAGCAGUUGUACCACUUGCACUCAUAACUACUUGUCAGUAAGGGAUUAUAAAUAUAAAUACACAUUAAAAUUUGUAGUCCGUCUACGUUAACAAUAAACGUCAUUAUUUCAUAAAAAAAAAUAGUUUAUGGUGAGACUUCCAUACUUUGUCACUGUAGAGUCACAGCAGCAUUAGCUUUGUCCAAUUCUACUCCCAUACUGAAUAUAUAUUCAAAUUAGUUUGGUUUAGUUAAUGGUUCUGUUUAACCGAAGAGGGCAAAACAUUUCAUAUUACGAAUUUAGAUAUAAGAAUAUGGGAAUCAUGUUUCUGAUUGUAAAAGGUUAUUGUUUGUUGCGUAUGUACUAGCAAAACCUGAAAUUGUGUGCCUUCAGAGAAUUUGGUUGCUAGUGAAGUGUGUUGCUACAUAUAGUUUUAUAAGUGUUAAGAAAUAAGGCCCGCAAUUCGGUGGAACAAGUUUUGAAUAAUCGUAUUACACUACAUACUUUUAAAAGUAAUUCUCAAUCUGUGAAAGAUAAAUAACUAAAAACCUUAUAUGUUGACCUUGUUAGUAUAAGUAGUGUUUGUAUAUUAUGGUUUAAAUUAAAUUAUACAUAUUAACAUGCGGAUAAAACCACUGCGUAGCAGACAUUGAUUUUGUGAAUUAAUCAUCCUCGAAAAGUUGAACCUUCUUGGAUAUAUUUUAGGUUUUAGUUAAAAAUUGUUUGCUCAAUUUUAGGUUUUGCCGAAUAUUUUUAUUUAUAUUAUACACGUGUCAAAGUUAUAUGUGCUUCCAAGCCACGUCAUAGUACACUAACUCUUGUAAAUAGUUACAGUACAAUAAUUGGACUAUAACAUCUUUUUUAAUAAAUAAAAUAAUGUUUUGAA